UGACGUCACAGCAGGAGGAGAGCCGAAGUGAGUUGGGCCACAUUUCUCCAUCCUAGUGAUGAUGGCGUCCCAACACCCAUGAUCAAGCAGAAAAAGAAGAGGAGGAGAGAAAGAAAGCGAGGCCCUUUUCAGCUCGAAAUGAGUUCGGACUUCAAUUCAUUCGUCUUUUGUUGUUAAUAUGUCUGGAUCAUUCACUUUGUAUUGGAGGUUCGGGUAAGGUGCAGGUGCCUCCAUCCAUCCGUUCAUCCAUCCAUCCAGCGCAGUGGAGGGGACGGGCCGGGCCGAUGGCUGCUGGGGGAGGUGGAGGAGGAUGCGGGGAGUCGGUGGAUCAUUACCGGGCGGAGGUGGAGCGGCUGACGCGCGAGCUCGCGGAGGCGAACCGGGAGAAGGUCCGGGCGGCGGAGUGCGGGCUGGUGGUCCUGGAGGAGAACCAGACCCUCAAGCAGCAGUAUGCGGAGCUCGAGGCCGAUCAGGAGACCCUCAGACAGGAGCUGGAGCAGCUGCAGGAGGCCUUCAGCCAGGCGUACACCACCCAAAGGAAGGUGGCUGAAGAUGGGGAGAGCAACGAGGAGACGUUGCUACAGGAGUCGGCCACUAAGGAAGCGUACUACAUGGGCCGCCUGUUGGAACAGCAGGCCAAACUGAAGAGCAGCAGAUCGCAGGCCUCCUGCACGCAGACCGAGAACGAGAGACUCAGCACCAUCCUACUGGAGCUGAGAGAGAGUAAUGAGAUGUUGGAGUUGCAGAGAAGCCGGAUGAGAGAGGAAAUCAGGGAGUAUAAAUUCAGAGAGGCCAGAUUACUGCAAGACUACACCGAAUUGGAGGAGGAGAAUAUCUCACUGCAGAAACUGGUGUCCACGCUCAAGCAGAACCAGGUGGAGUAUGAAGGCUUGAAGCAUGAAAUCAAAGUUCUGGAGGAGGAAACAGCCUUGCUUAACAGCCAAUUAGAAGAUGCACUGUGCCUGAAGGACAUCUCCGAGAGCCAACUGGAAGAGGCUUUGGAUUCUCUGAAAAGCGAGCGAGAACAGAAGAACACUUUGCGCAAGGAAUUAGCACAUCAUCUAACUGUGUGUGACGGGGGUUUCAGCGCAGGCUGUGCCCAUCUGAUCGCCCUGACCUCAGCGCCACCUAGUGGCAGUGCCACCCCAACAGCCGCUACAUCGCCCAGCAGCGAGGACGGUGGCAAGUGCAAUGGGCAUCUGCUUCAGGGUGCGACGGGUUCAGUUUUGAGCCGACUGAACGGAGACUUCAGGCCAUUGGGUUUGAGAAAGACUGAAAUUUUGACCCCUGACCUCUUUAGUGAGCUCAGUGGCCCUGAAAUCUUGAAACUAAGACAACAGCUUCAGCAGGUGGAACGUGAAAAAGCGUCUUUGCUCAACAGCUUGCAGGAAUCACAGGCUUUGCUCCGUCACACACAGGGGGCGCUGACGGAGCAGCACGAGAAGGCCAAUCGCUUGGGCGAGCGAUUCCGGAAACUCCGCCGCCAGCACAGCAGUAAGGAAAACAAGGAGGAAGAGGAGGACGAAGAAGAGGAGGCAACAUGCGUCCCUGGCGGCCAGGAGGGGCCGAGUCUGGAAUUGCUGCAAUGUAAAUACAGGGUAGCUGUGACGGAGGUGGUAGGGCUGAAGGCGGAGCUUAAGGAGGUGAAGGAUAGAUAUAAUGAGUACGUGGAGGCAAGAGCUUGGGUGGAGGAGCAGGGCAAGGUGCAGCUGCGAACGCUGGAGACACAAGUGGCACAGCUGGAGCGCAGCUGCAGGGAAAGCCGGGAGAAGGCGGUGAAUCUGGAGCGCGAGCUGCGGGCAGCCAAUAACACGGGCUUGGAGACACAGGGAAUCCUGGGAACCGCCCAAGAAGAGCUGGCGACAUUCAGCGAGGAAUUAGCGCAACUUUACCACCACGUCUGCCUGUGCAACAAUGAGACACCCAACCGUGUUACGCUGGACUAUUACCGGCAGGGCCGGACCCCGACGCGCAUUUCCACCACUGGCCACAAGGGGCAGGACGACUACCGUGUGCUGUUGACCCCACGGCUCGCACGCCGUUUAGCGGCGAUUAACGCCGCAACGUCCACCGAGUCUCGUAGCCCGUCGAACUCACCAUCCAAAGAACCUCUCACUGCUGAGCAGAGCCCGGUCCGUACACCACUGGGUUCACCCGUCGUUAGUGCCUCUUCCUCGUCUUCAUCAUCAUCUCCAGCACCCGAGUCGGCCACGGGUUCUGACCUCCGCCGUGAACCCACCAACAUCCACCACCUCAACGCCAUCAUCCGUGACCAGAUCAAGCACUUGCAGAAGGCAGUGGACCACUCACUCCAGCUGUCCCGCCAGAGAGCGGCUGCCAGUGAACUCACCCCACUGAUGGACAAGGACAAGGAGGCCUGCAUGGAGGAGAUUCUCAAGCUCAAGUCCCUCCUGAGCACAAAGAGGGAGCAGAUUGCAACCUUGCGCCUUGUGCUCAAAGCCAACAAGCAGACGGCUGAGGGGGCUCUGGCCAACCUGAAGAGUAAAUACGAGAAUGAGAAGACAAUGGUGACGGAGACCAUGAUGAAGCUGAGGAAUGAGCUAAAGGCCUUGAAAGAGGAUGCGGCCACCUUCUCUUCCCUCAGAGCCAUGUUCGCCACACGCUUAAUACUGGAAAAACGAUACAAUUUUCCAGUUGUCAUGCUGCUGAAAUUCUAUUUAAACGAGAUGCAGAGACAACUCGCGGCGGCGGAGGAUGAGAAAAAGACGCUGAACUCUCUCCUCCGCAUGGCCAUCCAGCAAAAACUCGCCCUCACGCAAAAACUGGAAGACCUGGAGUUCGACCAAGAGCAGUCGCACCGGCCCCGCGUGGGAAAAACGUCCCGGCUGAGGAGAAGCACACCCAAAGUAAGUAGAACGCCAGUCCCGCCCCUUCCCGACACCCCUUUGACAAUUACCGAGGUCCUUACGGCAGCAGCCGCCAUCACCUCGCCCACCACACCCACCUUUACACCCACCCACCUGUCCGCCCCCAAUAGCCCGCCCUCCCUGGAGGCCCCGUCAUCUCCCGCAUCAUCUUCCUCGUCCUCCUGGAUGCCCCCAACCAUGCCAUACCGCCAUUGGACGAUGGGCAUUCGUGCAUAUGUCGUCAAACCGCACACUUACACCAACCUACCUACUCAUAGCUCUAUCCUGGCCCGUCGCUAUGCAAGUGAGUCGCACUAUUCCCCAGGCUCCACCCCUUCCUUGCCCUACCGCUCGCCCCUAUUGGCCAGUCACCGCUCCAUGUGGAGCUCAUCCCAAUCCUGCCCCCUUCCCAGCCACUUUCAGCGUUCUACAUCCCGCUACACACCCCCUUCGUCCACUUACAGCCCUUUGUAUCCCAGAAACUACGGCUCCCAGAAUCCCCGCUACUGACGGGUGCCACAGAGAGGAGGACACACACUGGUUUCUGUGUUUUAAUAUUUGGGGGAGUGAUUUCAUU